AUGGAGGAUCCACCUCAUGGUCGUCAUUUAGGUUUUUAUUCAACAAUUGUGCUAUUCAUCUGUAGGAUGAUCGGUUCAGGUAUCUUUGCUACCCCUGGUGGGAUUUAUAAAGAUGUUGAUGGUAAUAAUUUGUUGUUUUUAAUAAUUUGGUUGAUUGGUGCUGGAAUUGCAAUGAGUGGGUUGAGUGUCUAUCUAGAAUUAGGCUCUUUAUUACCAAGAAGUGGUGCUACUAAAGUGUUUUUAGAAUAUUUGUUUCCUUGGCCCCAAUAUUAUUCAAGUUUUAUAUUUGGAAUUUUCAAUGUUUUGUUCAAUAUAUCUAGUGGGAAUGCUUUAAUCUUUGGUCAAUAUUUUAGAUAUGCUUUUGGUUUGGAGAAUGAUGAAAUAAAAGCAAGAAAUUUGGGCCUAGGAUUGUUGGUUUUGACGCUUGCUGCACAUGGAAGUUCAAGAAAAAUUGGAUUAUGGAUCCAAAAUGUUAUCGGUGGUGUGAAAUUGUUCUUGAUUGGGUUAAUGAUUUUAAUUUCAAUCUAUGUGAUGUCAUUACCAACUUCAAUCACGGGUAUUGAAAAUCAUCUGACAUCAGAAUUAUUGUUUAAAUUACCAACUUUAGAUAAAUCAUCAUUAACAGUCAUUUCAUCAGCCAUCCUCAGAACUAUUUAUUCAUUUGGUGGAUGGACAACACCUCAUAUGGUUCAAAAUGAAAUUCGUGAUCCAAUACGAACUUUGAAAAUUGCAGCUCCAUUAUCAAUGAUAUUUGUCAUAUUCUCCUAUAUUUCAUUGAAUUUAACUUAUUUAAUUGUCAUCCCACCAAAGGAAAUCAUCAAUAGUGGUGAAUUGAUAGGUGCAAUCUUAUUCCAAAAAUUAUUUGGUGAAGUAUUGGGAAGAAAAAUAUUGUCAUCAAUAAUUGCAAUAAGUGCUGCAAGUAAUUUAUUAGUUGUUGUCUAUGCAGAUUCUUUAUUAAUUCAAUCAAUUGCUCGUGAAGGUUUUUUACCAUUUUCUGAUGCUAUAGCUUCAAAUUAUCCAAAUGGUACACCAUUAUUAGCAUUAUUGAUAAACGUUUCAAUUUCUAUUGGUGUGUUGUUCUUGCCACAAAAUGGUGAUAUUUACAACUAUAUUGUCUCUAUGCAAGUUUAUCCAAAUCAAUUAUUCCAUGCUGUGUUAUGUAUUGGUAUAUAUAAGGCUAGAUAUAGAUUCCCUGAAAUCAAAGCACCUAUCAAGAGUCCUCAUAUUGCUGUGAUUUUUUGCUUCUUGUCUUCAACAAUCAUUUUUGCUGCCCCAUUCAGCUCACCUUCUACUUUGGUUAAAUCUUAUUCAUUUGGUGGUAUUAUUUUAUUCGCUUUAGGUUCAUUGUAUUGGUUUGUUAAUGUUAAAUUAUUACCUUGGUUGGGGAAUUAUAGAGUUGUGAGGAAGAAUGUUUACUUGGUUCAUGAUGGCUUGAAGAUUAAGAAAUGGAUCAAAGUGUACAAUAAUUAA